AUUGCUCUGGUUUGUAUCCCUUACCACUGCAACAAAAAUGGUUUCCCUCUCUCUCCGGUUGCAAAGACGGUUAUUUUGCACGAAACCCGCCCAAACCCCCAAACCCGACAAUCAAAAUCAAUGGAGCAUCAAACAAAUAACCAAGUCAAAUUUUACAGAUUCCUUACAAGAAAUCAAAACCCACAUCUUCGGUUCCGAUUUCAUAUCCAUUUCCUUGAAGAAAACCGGGUCUUUCUCAUCUCCAUGGCACCACGUGUCCCCGUUCGACACGCCCGAAACCGCUUACUUGAAAGCCAAACACGCCGCUGAGAAGUUCCAGAUUCUUCAGUUUGCUGUUUGUCCGUUUACUCUCUCUGCUUCUAAAGUUACUGCUUACCCGUAUAAUUUUCAUUUGUAUCCGAGGGAUGAAUUGAGGAUUGGAAUGCCAGCUUAUAGUUUUUCUUGUCAUGCUUCUUAUUUGAGUAAAAUGGUUGAAGAAGGUUUUGAUUUUAAUGCUUGUGUUAAUGAUGGGAUAUCGUACUUGUCCAAAGCACAAGAAUCUACUGCAAAAGUUUGGAUGGGGAACCCACAUCUUGCUAGGGAUGUGGAAGAAUCGAAUUCUACCUCUUCUGUUGCUGAUUCAAUCUUUGUCCAACGGACUAGAUCCCGUGUUAAGAAUUGGAAAAGUGCGUGUACACGCACCAGUAAAGGGAAAGAUGAUGUUUUGGUGAAUUCCCUGAGAAAACUCGUAUUGGGACUCGAAGAGUAUAACUCAAGACCUUGUAUGAAUAUAGAUGUUUGCAGUGAACGCCAAGUGCAACUUGUAAUUGAGAUGUUGAAAGAAUUUGGUGAUGACUUUGUCUCUCUGAUCAUUCCUGCUAAAGGUGGAGAAACACAAGCAGUUCGUGUUGUCUUAACAAGUUCUAAAGAAGAUAGGGAUUGUCUUCAGACAGAGAUCCGAAAUCUUGAAGAUGAACAGAACAAGAAAAUCCGUGGCUUUCGAGAGGUGAUCGAUCUGAUUUCUGCUUCACAGAAGCCUGUUGUCUCCCACAAUUCCCUUAAUGAUUUGACGUUCAUCCAUUCAAAAUUUCUAGCUCCCCUACCUCCUAGCAUGGAGGAAUUUGUACAUUCCUUGCGCCAAGCUUUCCCUCAGGUGGUUGAUGUUAAUCAUCUUAUGAAGGAAAUUAGCCCUCAAAGAAAAGUGACAAAUAUACCUACCACUACAUCUUAUUUAAAGAAUAGGUUCUUUGCGCCGGUUGAUCUGGAAAUUCCGUUCCUAGGUAUGGUAACCGAAGGCAAGAUUCACGGGCAUAAGGCUGUGAAGAUUUGUGACCUAUUUGCGAAGCUAUCCGUUAUACUCAAACUUGGCCCCAUGCAAUCUGAUGAAAAGAAUCUGGCUUCAAUAAUCGAAGCCUAUGCAAACGUUUUCAGUCUGUACUCCCCUGGCCUGCAAACCGAUGAAGAUGUUAGAAUUUGGAGUAACAAUACUAGAAAAGUAAGCCAGCAGGAUUUGGUUUUCAUUUGGGGAUUUAAGCAAAGUAUGUCGGCUGGCAUGCUGAAGAGCUUGCUUCAGAAGUCUCAUAAAGUUUUCUCUAAAGAAUUUGAUGUUAGAUUUGUGGAUAAGAGUUGUGCCAUUGUUGUUUUCUGGGAACCCGGUUUGUCUAAAACUUUUCUGGAUGUCCUGAAUGGUAAUUCAGAGGUAGUUGGAGAUUUAAGGGAGUUGGUAUCAGAAGGUGUAAGAGGUGCAAGCUACAAUUCUUACGACAGAGCGUGCAGAUUGGGUUGUUGGGAUGAAAUUUUGGCAGAUUCUUUAGAUAAAGCCUUGGAAGCUCCGGACGGACAUUUGGAUUCUGACUCUCUGAAUAAUUCAUCUAAAACUCAAUGGUGCAAUGAAUGGAUGAUCAACUUGGAUGAACUCUGAGGCCAUGAGUUCUAAACUCUUUAAUUCUUUAGUUCACAAAUUGGCAGACAUGCAGAAUUCUCCAUAGAAGUGACUUUAUGUGCUGCGCUCAUACACCAGUCAUCAACGUGGAGGCUGGUAGCCGCAAUACAUAUGGAGCUCCCAGGAUUGUUGCAUUUGUUGAAAAGAGAUGCGUUUGAUGCGUAUAUGAAUUUUGUAUUUUUGCAUGCCUGGUCUGUGUUUAUAUUCACCUUUAUGGGGGCGAAUAUAAGGAAUGAGUUUCUCUCAAAUAUGAGUUUUGUGUAGCUCAUGGCUCGUUGCUUCUCAAAGAACUGAAAAUUGCAGCUGAUGGUAUCACUUAUUUUGUCAGCUUAACUUUUGUAAGUUGAGUCGUUGAGAUGCUACUAGUUUGGUUAAUGGAUUAUGAUGAAGUAUUCUUUGAAAUAGAUAUUGUUUUGAAUGAGAAAAUGGAUUCAAUCUAUUAUCAGUUUUUAGA